AGAAACACAAAUAUACAUAGAUAGAUAGAUAUAGAUAUAGAUAUAGAUAUAAUAAUGGCUGAGGUACAACCACAGAAGCAGGAGGUACAACCCGGGAAGCAGCAGCUGAUGAAUCCACCCCCACAAUCAAUCAGCCCUCACUACAAACAAUCCAACAAGCUUUAUGGAAAAGUAGCGUUGGUAACCGGAGGGGACUCAGGGAUAGGGCAAUCGGUGUGCUACCAUUUCGCCAUGGAAGGUGCUACAGUGGCCUUCACAUUCGUGCCAGGCUACGAGGACGAAGACGCCAAAAACACCCUCAGAAAGAUCAACCAACUUAAGGCGCCCGGCGCCGGUGACCCUCUGGCCGUGCCGGCGGACGUCGGCUUUGAGGAGAACUGCAGAAUGGUGGUCGAAAAAGUCGCCGGAAAAUAUGGCCGGAUCGACAUCCUUGUAAAUAAUGCAGCGGAGCAGCACUUAUCCUUGUCUGUUGAGGACAUCGAUGAAGAUCGGCUUCUUAGGGUUUUCAGGACCAACAUUUUUUCUUACUUCUUCUUCAUCAGGCAUGCUUUGAAGCACAUGAAAGAAGGGAGCACCAUCAUUAACUCGACGUCGGCCGCGGCCUACUGCGGCUCGUCCGCGCUUCUCGACUAUUGCGCGACGAAGGGCGCCAUCGUGGCAUUGACGCGAGGUUUAGCUCUUAAUUUGGCAGAAAAAGGGAUUCGAGUGAAUGCUGUAGCAGCUGGGCCGGUAUGGACGGCGCUGCAGGUGGCCUCGAAGCCGGAGGAGAUGGUGGCGGAGAUCGGGGCGGAGACGCCGAUGGGGAGGGCGGCGCAGCCUCAUGAGAUAGCUCCAUCUUAUGUUUUCUUGGCCUCUAAUGAUUCUUCGUCGUAUUUCACAGGACAAGUGGUUCACCCUAAUGUUCUACGGCGUCGAAAAUACUUGCAUGACACUUACAUGGCUCAUCGAAGGAUAUGGCUCACUGAAGGACACGUGUGGGAUGAUUGUCAAUGCAUAAUAUUACUCAAUAGUCGAUAUGUAUUGGGACAAUGAAAGAAGUAUUAUAAUGUUGUAAUAAAUAUUUUGAAAUGUU